AUGGCUGCGACACAAAGAAAAAUGCUGUUGAGAGUCGCGGCGGGAUACCGGACGAUUUCCGCCGCGGCUGUCAACGUCAUAACGGGUGUCCCGCCGAUAGAUAUGUUGGUCAGGGGGAGAGGCAGACUGGAUGCCCUUGACCAGGUAACGGAGGCAGAUAAGCGGCUACAGAGAUCUAGGACAAUUGAGGAAUGGCAAACCUCAUGGGAGGAUAACACCAGAAUGGCGCAGUGGACAAAAAGGCUUAUCCCAAACCUGAGACCGUGGCUAGAGCGUGACUUCAAGUACACCAGUUAUUAUAUAACCCAGGCUCUGAGCGGACAUGGCUUCUUUAAGACCUACACUUGUAGAAUUGGAAAGGCCGACGAUGAGGUGUGUCUAUAUUGCCAAGAAAUGGAUAGCCCAGAACACACAUUGUUCUCGUUUAAUAGAUGGCAACGCGAGAGAAACCGGUAUGAGACUGAAACAGGAGAAAAAAUGUCCUCCGAAAAUUCAGUCAACAACAUGAUGAAGAGUAGAGAGAAUUGGAAGUAG